AUGAAAGGGAGAAUUGAUGGGUAUAGCAUGAUGAUAGUGUCGAAGUAUUUCACCACAUUAAAAGACUUCAUCAUCAUUGAACGUGUCUGUUCGAAGUACAAAGACACGAUGGCAAAGUUUCAUUUCAACCCAAUUCCUUUAACUCGAAUGACCAAACACUAUUUCCCAAAACUUGAGACACUUCACCUCUAUUCAAAGUCCCAAGAUGUGUUUAAAAAUGAUCGCAAAAUUAUUAAACGAAUUUGUUGGUAUGAAGUCGACUUUGCAGAAAGUCUUGAACUGAAAACUCAGAACAUCGAGGCAAAGUCUGUGUACUAUUCACAAGACGACAAACUGAGAUACGGUGACUCGAUACCUCACCACAUAAAAAGAGUAGACAGUCAGUGCUUUAAAAAUAGUUUGAGCUUUGCGUUCUACCGAUUUCCAAGGAGUGUGAGCAACAUCGGAGACCAGUGUUUCUCGCAUUGCUCCAAACUUGUAAAAAUACGGUUUCCAAAAGCUUUGACAAGUGUCGGUGAUUACUGUUUACACGACACAAAGAAUUUGAAACAGGUGACAUUCCAUGGACAGUACCAGAUUUAUUACUAUCGUUUGUUGUUUGGGUGUGAAGUACUCUGUGGUGUGGACAUUGAACACUCGCAAAUUAAAAUCAACAAAACAAAAGAAUAUCUUCCAGUGCACACAGAGGAGUUAACCAUUCUCAGUAAAGUCUGUGUACUUGGCGAUUACUGUUUUAAUAAGAACUAUGACUUAAAGUACAUAGUCGUCCCACAUAAUGUCCUGAAAAUAGGAACGUCAUGUUUCGGAGAGUGCGAGAGGUUGUCUAAAGUCGUUCUUCCAGAGGAUUUGGUGUGCAUUGGACCCAAGUGCUUUAAUGAGUGUGCGCGGUUAUUGACGAUACAAAUUCCUUCAAACAUCACUGAAUUGCCUUAUGCGUGCUUUUCCAACUGCAAACGAAUGUCUUCUGUUGUUUUGUCACCACAAACAAGGUCAAUUGGGUAUUCUUGCUUCUUUGGGUGUGUGAGUUUGUCACACAUAGCACUGCCAGACACAGUUACACAAUUUGGAGCAUAUUGUUUCACUAAUUGUGAAAAGAUAGAGGCUUUCAUAGUCCCUCCAAAAGUGACUGCGUUACCGAAUUACGCGUUCAGUGUGUGUUCCAAGAUGACUUCAAUUGAAAUUCAUAGUGGCGUGACUGCAUUUGGCAAUUACACUUUCCACGACUGCGCAAGUCUUUCAACACUCAACAUUCCAAAAGGUAUUCAGUCCAUUGGGGACGGAUGUUUCCAAUGUUGUGAGGCGUUGCAUUCAUUGACAUUACCAACGUAUUUACUUACAUUAGGAGAGUGUUUGUUUGAUGGAUGUGUCAGUCUUUCCUCCAUAGAAAUUCCAAGAAUUGUCGUUCAAAUUUCGGAUUAUUGUUUUUCAUCGUGCGCGUCACUUAAGAGUAUACAACUUCCAUAUUCUUUAAAUCACAUUGGACAGUCAUGUUUUCGUGGAUGCUCCAAAUUGUCGUCGAUAGAAAUUCCGGCAAAUGUAUCUCUCUUACUCGAUGAAACAUUUCAAGACUGUUCUUCCCUCUCGGCGGUGUCAUUUUCAUCUUCUUUAUCUUCUCUUGGGUCGUUCUGUUUUAACAAUUGCGCUAAAUUGAAACACGUGGAAAUAUCGAACGACGCUUUGAAGCUCUCUGCAGACUGUUUUUCUAAUUGCACCUCAUUAGAGUCAAUCAAUUUACCAACGACACUCAAAACUCUUCCUUCAUAUUGUUUUGCAAAUUGUUCGAAUUUGGCAUUACCAGCUUUUCCGGAAUCACUCCAGGUGAUUGGAUCAUUCUGUUUUACUCAGAACAACAAAAUCACUGAGAUCGAAUUUCCAUCUUCUGUGACGUGUGUUGGGGAACAAUGCUUUGCUGAGUGUCACAAUUUGUCUCAAAUCAGAUUCCCACAAGACAAUGUACUGUCCCUUGGAGACUUGUGUUUUGUUGGAUGUCCAAAGCUUCCUAAAGAUACUUUGGAUCCAUCGCUCACUGGGUUUGAAGAGGAGAAAAGCUGUUCAUUGCAAUAA